GCUUCAAUCGUCGCACGUGGUCCCUGCGUUUCCCAUGGCUGCCACAUGGCCCUGCCGGCCUUGCGCCGCGUUCUGGUGCGGAGGAGGGGGUGCAGACUCUUUGCCGACUUCAGCUCUCGCUUUGAGGAGGAGGAGGCCAUUUCGAGGCAACUCAGAGAUGACAAGAGUUACGGCAGCAAGUUUCUCGAGGACGUCACCAACACGAAGCUUCGCCGCAUGGCACCUGGAGCGAAGCGCGCCAAAGCCCUCUUUGACUCUGCGGAGCACCAAACUCGGAAGCCGAGCCAGGGCAAGCCCCAGUUCCGGGUCUCUGCGACUAUGCUGGACGAGUCGCUCCACGUUCAGUUUGGCACAUUGGAGAAGAUCAUCAAAGAGGGAAGGAAGGAGACCGAGGAGAAGAGACAACGGCACCUGCGCCAUGUGGCCAAAGAGAAAGAGCUGCGUGCAAAGCAGCAGGUUAUCCGAGAAGUUCGGUCUGAGAAGCAAAGGCAGCCAUCAGAGGAGCAAAACGAGGAGCAAAACGAGGAGCGACCUGAGAGCUCAGAAGCGGCCCCAACAGCUGCGCCCACCCAGGACGAAGGAGCCCUGGUUGCGGCGAAGCUUGAGCUGGCCAAAGUGGAGGAGCCUCUUUCACCAGAGGAGGAGGCCCUUGGCCCGCGCAGCAUGCUGAAGCGUGUGAGCAUUGCACGGCGACGGCUCGGCAACACGCAUGUCGAGAAGGUCGACACCUUGCUGGCCCUUGCCAAAGACAAGCAGGAGCACCCUGAGGCGAAACUGCUGGCAGAGCUAGACUCAGAGCUGGAGAACUUGGCACCGCGCCAGCUCUCUGAGUUGCUGCUGCUGCCGCGCUUUGACCCCAAGAUAACCGCCAAGCUGCUGCGACGUGUGUCUCGCCAGGCGUCAGCCUUGGACAACCGGAACCUGGCAGCGGCGCUGUUGGCCAUCGCCAGGCUGCAAGCUUCACGUGAACAGCAGGUGCUCGCUGAGGCAGCCAGAGCCGUGGCCGCUUUGGAGCAAGCGGUCAGGAAGAGGAAGUUCCAGCAGUUGCAGCCAUUAGAGGCUGCCGCACUCGCUGUAAGCUGUGCCAAGGCCACGGUGCGCCACGCUCGGUCCAUGCGCUACUUCGGCACAGUUUUGGCGCAGUCCAUGGAGGAGAAGUUUGAACCGCCAACCCUGGGCCGCAAGGACCUGUUGGCGUGCCUGCGGGCCUUCGCAGCCACUUGGUGCACGGAAUGCGCCUUCCUGACAGCAGCGCAGAAGCAUCUCUCAGGAGAGGGCGUCGAGCUGUGUCUCGCAGUGGCACCGCUGCCUGCAGAGCACAAGACCCCCUUCGCCCAGGUCCUGCAGCCGGCGCAGAGCUUGACGAGUUUGGUGAAGUUGGCAAGUGCGGCGGGCAGUGCUGGUCUUUUGGAUGAGGCAUUGCGUGCGGAGAUGGCCGAGCGCCUGCAGUGGCUCAUCGUCGAAGGCGCAGAUGAGCUAAGCCUGCGAGAUCUGGGGGGCGCCAUGGCAGCGCUAGGACCUGGGCAUUUAGCGGUGGAUCUUUUGGCGAAGCAAGCUGCUACAGCCGCCAAAAGUUCCAGCCGCUUUCAAGAUGUUGUCGACUGCGCUGAAGCCAUUGCUGAACUUCCGCGGACCAAGGCUGUGUCAGAUCUUUGGCAGGUGCUUUGCUCCACCUGCCGUCAUCCAUCACCAUCCGAGGCUUUGCGAUUCCUUGCAGCCAUGGCUGCCACGGACACAGGCGAAGGCGCCCCUCACCGCACGCGGCCCAUGUCGACGCUGGCAGAUGCAGCUUCGAGGGCCAGUCCGGACGAUUUCUGCCUGAGCGCUUUGCAGCACUGGCGCGGCAUCGAGGCCCUGCUCGGCAGGCGCCUACGGAGGCGAGAGGUUGCCCUUUCUGGCGACCCGCUGCCUGCCAUCCGCUGGCUGUGCCAGAGCGAUGACAAGUUUUCGCGGCGGCUACUGCUUCCACUGCUGCUGAAGGUCCUGGAACGGGCUCCCACGCAUUGUGCCGUGGAGGCUCUGGGCCUGGUGGCCCGCGCCCCGCUCCCAGUGCACCAAGCGGCGCUGCGGGCGCUGCGGGAGCCACAGGCGCAGCAGGCGCUGGAGGACCUUUGGCCAGAGCUGAGCGCCUGGGAGAAACCUGAGCUGGUCAUGGCCGUUGGUGCCCUGGGCAUCCAGGCUGCGUGUGGCUGGCUGGGCCGACUGCCGCGUGAGUUGCUGAGCAGCUGUCUCUGGUCCACGGCAAUUCUGAGGUGCCCGGCUCGAGGCCUACGCGGCCGCCUCGGAAGCCAGCAUGACCGCGAUUGGCGCUUGGCGUUUGCAGCCGCGGUGGAAGGUGACCGCACCUUGGCAGAGGAGUUGUACCAAGAGCCCACCGAAAUGACCGCAGUAGAGCGCUACACCUGGCAGCUGCUGCGUGCGUGGCUGUCGGACACGGUGCCGGAGGAGCAGUUCCCAGAGGACCCAAGGAAUCCUUCCAAGGACUUUGGCCGCGCCUUGCAGCAGCUUGGCCUCGCCUAUACACUGGUGUCCUCCUUUGCGGUGCUGAACCAGCCGCCAUUGGUCCUGGACUUUUCACCCCUCUCAGUGCUGCCGGGCAUCGCUUUGCUCCGGCGUCAGAUCCUCCAGCGCCACGCUGAGGAGGUUCUGACACUGCCUGAUCUUGACGACCCUGUGCAGGGCAUCGCGCAGGCGCUGGUGUCAGAGCGCCCCAGCGCAUUUGCGCACCUGGCAACCAGGGCGGGUGAGGUGUCCAAGGUCUGCAGGCCAAGCGAUGAUGCGAACUCGGGAGGACGAGGCAAGCGGCCAUUGCGCGCCUGUUCGACCUGAUUCUUGUCGCAAGUUUACUUUUGCCGCAAGGCAUGAAGUCCCGCAACCAUCUGCAGGGGGGC